UUUCGGCCUUUAAGAAUGCUAACCCAGAAAUUCUUUACCCUCACCUUUUAGUACUAUCCAAUAGCUAUUCAUUAGGGCAGCAUCUAUGCUGCCUAGCCAUAGAGAACUACCGAGACAAUGGGUCGGAAAGUGGGUGACCCGAAUGCGUAUUUUAUCGAAUUUGGCUUUAUUUCCAUGUUACGGACGUAAUUUUCGUACCCUAGGAAUGUUCAUCCCAUAAAUUCGUUGCCCCUUCGAUGAAGUACUACCUAAUAGCUAUUUAUAAGAGCAAAGUCUAUAAUCCCUAGCCAUACAGAACUGCUGGGGCAAUGGGUUUAAACAACUGGGUAAUCCCAAUGCAUAUUUGAUCAAAUUUGACUUUUUUACCGUGUUACAGACAUAAGUUGCUGCUUUAAUUAUGUAAUAAGUAUAUAUUUUCUUUACUAUCAUUCCUAGAUCCAGAUAUGGCUGAAAUGCUGAGAAAACUUUUCUUGAUGCCACUUGAGAAUGAAGUAGAAGAAGAAACAGAAAGUGCAGAAAAUCUUCAAAGAAAUCAAAAUAGAGUGGAUCAGUUGGAUUAUGUUCCAGACAGCUUUGAGAGCCAAACAAUUUCACAGAUUGUUGAAAGAAAUGAAGGAACAAGUGACAACCAAGACCAUGUUCCAGACAGAAACAUCUUCAAAAUGUUACAGGACAUGGAAAUGGAAAUUAAGGCUAUGCAUCAGACCAUGCAACAAAGCCAUCAAUUUAGGGUAGAAGGCCAGAUAAAAAGGGAUAUAGCCGUAAUUGCAAAGCGGUAUUUUGGCCGUAAUAUGUUCUCAAUUCCGGAUGCUUGCAAAACUGAAGUAAGUGAAUUGAUACAAGAGGAAAUGGGCAGGCAGGCAAAAAUUUCCGAAAUAAAGAAAGCUUUAUCUUUUGUAAAAAGAAAGUAUUCAACUGAAUACAGGCCAGCCAUUUAUAGAACGCUCAGAGCAACUAUGGAACAAACUAAAGAGAAGCAACUACGGAGUUUGUUCGGAAACUACACCGACGCAUCAACAGCAGACAAAGAAGUUGUUGAUUACAGAAAACAAAUGGUGUUGAUAAUGAGAUUUCUUCAUAGAGAAAAUCCGCCAAAGGGAACCUUUUGGAGAAAGGUGGAAGAUCUACAUACUGAGAUUGAGGGAAAGGAAAAAGAAACACGCCUUUCCCUCUACCAAGGACUCUUGAGGAGGGAGGAGAGAGAACAAUAAAAAACUUGAAACUCAUUGUUGUUGGACUAUUUGGAUUAAUGUUUUCUUAAGAUAUUUAAUCAUGUUCGUACUCAAAUGUGGACAGUUUUUAGGACCUUGCAUAGUCUUGAUGCAUAUAUACUGUACAAUAACAUC